AUGGAAGUGCAGGAGGUGGCGCGUUUCUUGGCGUCGGUGGGAUCACCACUGAGCGCGACGCAAGAAGCGGAAGCUACGAAGAAAGAGCUGCCGUCCUCUGCAGUACUCCAACUGCUAGAUGCGCGGAUUGAAGCACUUGCUACGCCCGCGCACGGCCAAUCUUCUGUGCGCCCAGCCGCCGAGCCUUGCCAUGAAACCGCGCCGAUUCUUCAGUAUAUCGAUGCGAAACUUGUCAAUGCUUUGGAAUCGUACGCUUACGCGACAGCGCAUUAUACCUAUACCUCUGCGGUAGCGACCGCGACGGAGCAACUCGGCGAUGCACUCCAUCACGUCGCGCAAGUACAAACCGCACUCGACGCCAACGAUCUCGACGGUCUCACGGCAUCUCUUGCGCCUGCCCAGGAAUCGCUCUUGUAUGUUGGGCUCAGCGUCGACUUUUUUCACGGCACUGUCGAAGAGACGGUCGCGUACGGAAGUGCCGGUCCUCUCACUCGCGCUGCAACGUACGAGCGUAUUCGCGAGUUGUGCCGCACACUUGCUUUUGAUUUGCACGAGCGUGCAGACACGGCAGGGAAAACUAUGCUUGAUGUCCAGACCGAGCGUGGGCGAUGUGUCGUCGCGGUGCAAGGCAGCACAAACGCACAUAGCCCCAACCUGCACACGCUGUGGAACUUUGCACUGGCUAUGGGGUCUGGCGCCAUCGUUGCAGAGAGCAUAAGUGGCCUGCUUGUAGAUCGCAUUGUGGAGCCUAUGCUGGAUGCGCAAGCAUGUUGGGAAGCGUCCGCGGAUGCGCGCCAGUCACAGCUCCUGCUUACGGAAAAGAAAGGCGUGUAUGGUGCAGCGGUGCAUGGGCUUGUUGCACUUCUCGUCUUUUUGCGCAAGACCCUUUUCCUGCCUACGGUGAGCGACGCGCCUGCACUGCCAGAAACGAGCCUGGCACCGACCUUGCAAGUGCUGGUUUCGGAGCGUCUUGUACCUCGUAUGGUUGCAGCAGCAAAGCAGUACCUGCUUCGCUCUUUGGACGCGGGAGAUUCAACGGUGCCCAUGACGUAUACUGCGUGUAUCAACGCGAUCCGUACUCUUGCGAUGCAGCUGGACGAUGCGCUAGUUACGAACGGAUACAGCCGGAAAGCAGACGUGCCGGGAUCUAUGGUCCGUCGCCCGGGUUGGUCUCAACUUGUGCCACUCUCUGACCUGCGCAAGUGGACGGCAGAGUUGGGUUAUCCUGUAUCGCAGCACAUGCUGGGCCAAGUCCUGCAGCGCGUACGUGCCAUUAUUUUGCAGCAAGGCGAUGCGGCAUGGGAAAGUGUUACAGUGGAGCGACUUGGGACCAUGGAGACGGUGCCGGAGGCUGUACCGGAGGGAAAAUGCGUGGCACCUCGUCCCGACCCAGCACCUACAGCACCGCCGCCGACCAAGCCUAAGAAACCGUCGCUGGGCAUCAAGAGGCUGGGCGCAAAGCCACUCGCACAGCCGCUAAAGCGCCCGGCAUCUUCCCCUCCAGCCCAAGAUAGCUGGGCGUGGGGAGAAGCAGAAGACGCAGCGAGCGACUGGGGCUGGGGCAGUGACCAGGAAAUUGAGUCUAUGACGCAGGCCGCCGCGCCGCACGACUCUCCGCCUGCGCCCGACUCUGGCGCAUCCAUGGAUGCAUGGGAUUGGACCGACGACCAAGAGUCGCAGCUCUCGAGUGCCGGCCCUUCGCCGUCGCUCUCGGGCGCACUCACGCCUUCAGUCGAGAAAGAAGCCGUGCCAUGGAUUGUAUCCCAGCGCACGACCCAACUGCUCCAGGUGCUCGAGCAGCAAUGGCAGCUGCUUAGCGACCCGACCGCCGUCCAAACAAAACACGCGCAUCACGCCAUGGUCCAGGCAUUGUAUGAAAGUGCGUGCCUCUAUCGUACAUUGAUGCCCGUCGCACAUGUGCAGUUUCUGGAAAGUGUUCCGCUGCUUUCCAUGCUAUUUGCCAACGACUGUGCCUAUAUAGCCGACAAACUGCGCGGCUACGCCGACAGGACACCGCAGCUCCCUGGCGCGCCGAUCCACGUUGCUGGCGCCAAUACGACACUGGAAACGGUCCUUGCCACCGAAGCUUCGCAAGUAGAGCAGGUCGGUGAGCAAUGGCGCGCGGCGCAACUGGCGAUGCAGACGCGCGUGCUCGACGAAAGUCUAAACGAAGCGGACGGCUUCUUGCGCACCGAAGAUCCACAGCGAUUUGCGGCAUGCGAGCGCGCCGUCGGCCAAGUCAAUCACAUCCUGCAGCAUCUUGCCAACGUAUGGCAGCGCGUGCUGACCCACCAAGUCCUCGUGCGCAUCCUCGGCGAUUUGGUCCAGCAUGUUUUUGUGCAUGUGCUACAAUGCAUGGAGGCGCUCGACGAUAUCAGCGAGCCUGAGAGCAUGCGGCUCGCACAGCUCUGCCGCACGCUGGCUGACGCACAGCAGCACAUGUUCGCGAGUGUCGCGCACGUCGACAUGGACAGCGCCGGAGCGCUCGCCGCCACCGUUGUCCCGAGCUGGUUCAAAUUUUCCUACCUCCCCGAGAUCCUCACGGGCUCUUUGGCGGACAUUGACUUUUUGCUCUUUGACAGCGGCGGUGCGUUGCUGGAUUAUACACGCAGUGAGAUUGUGGCGUUGGUGCGCGCCCUCUUUGCCGAGACGCCCCACCGGCGCAAGCUGCUGGAGCGUGUCCAUAAAGCACCGUGGUGA